GCCGAUUAUUUUAUAUCCGAAAUCGAACAAUUUUAUGAACAGUUCCAAGUGUUGUAGGUGUUCACCUAAUAUCUUUCGGCUUUAAUGCGAAACAAGUGCAAUACCAAGUUCAAGAACCAGCUAAUAACCUUUGGUCUCAGAAGUGAACUUAAUUGUUGUAACGAAACGCUUUCAUCGGAAUCCGACAAUAUUACUCUUUCUUCUGAAUCUCAAAAGACGCUAUGACACCUUCACCAGUACUUUUGGAUGAGGAUAGCUCGACCAGAACAUCGGAGAGCCCACAGCUUGUUGGAGGUUCUGCUACUGAAGCCGGAAAAGUACCCGAGAAGGAAAUAUCUUCUGCCAAUGCCAUAGUCGAAAGAAAUAGAGAUACUGUAGCGGAAAGCUCUACUCGAACAAUCAAUGGGCUUUCCUGGAUUCUAGUGGUGGCUUGCAUCUCAUCGUCGACCUUUUUGUUCGCGAUAGACAACACUAUCGUCGCCGAUAUUCAGACGGCAAUUGUCGAAGAAUUUGACGAAGUGGGGAAGCUAACAUGGGUUUCGGUGGCUUUCAUGCUGGGAGCCGCUGGAACAAAUCUAAUGUGGGGAAAAGCAUAUGGUACAUUCGACGCGAAAUAUGUCUAUAUAUUCACAACCUUAAUUUUCGAGGUCGGCUCCGCGAUAUGUGGAGGCGCUCCCAACAUGAACGCUCUCAUUGUCGGUCGAGCUAUAUGCGGACUAGGAGGAAUAGGAAUGUAUAUCGGUGUCAUGACUGUGAUGUCGGAGAAUACAUCAAAGACUGAGCGGCCAAUAUAUCUUGGAUUGAUAGGUAUACUCUGGGGUAUUGGCACCGUGGUCGGUCCUUUUAUAGGAGGGGCUUUUGCUGAUAGUAGCGCCACAUGGCGAUGGGGAUUCUAUAUCAACCUUUGCAUCGGAGGAGCUUUUGCUCCUGUAUACGUAUUUCUCAUCCCAAACUCCAAACCCCGAUCUAACUUGAGCCUUCUUGGUCGAUGGGGUCAAAUUGACUGGCUAGGUGCUUUAUUCCUCUUGGGUGCCAUAGCAUUCUUGCUGAUGGCCAUUGCCUUCGGUGGUGUAUUAUUUCCAUGGAAUUCUGGAUCUAUCAUUGGCCUUUUCGUUACCGGAGACAUUCUGUUCAUUGCAUUAGCCAUUCAGCAGUCAUAUGUAAUGGGCACAACGGAGGAACACAGAUUGAUUCCGAUAGAAUACCUUCACUCAAAAGAAAUAGUCAUUUUAUUCAUUGAGACAGCCUGCGCUGGAGCAGCAGUGUUCCUUCCAAUAUACUUCAUUCCUAUUUUCUUCGAAAUCAUCCACGGCGAGUCUGCAUUAGGCUCAGGUCUCAAACUCCUCCCAUUUAUUUUGGUCAUGGUUACCAUGACUUUUGUCAAUGGUUUCACACUAUCAAAAUGGGGCUACUAUAUGCCUUGGUAUUUUGGAUGCUCUGCUCUCCAAGUCAUUGGUUCUGCGCUUCUCUAUACUAUUGAAAGAGAUACUUCUAUUAGUGCCAUCUAUGGAUAUACUGUACUCAUGGCAUUUGUCGGCGGUUGGAGCCAGGCAUCAUUUACAGUUGCUCAAUUCCUUGUCGCUCCCAAAGACAUUCCGAUUGUGACUGGUUUCUUGACGUGUGCCCAGUCAGGUGGAGCAGCGCUAUCACUGGCAAUUGGCGACACUGUCUUCCUGAAUACCGCACAGAGUGGUAUAAUGACUCUCCUUCCAAAUCGAAACUCAUCUGAAAUUCAAGGACUCAUCUCUGGUUUGGGAAACUCAUUCUUUGAAACUUUAGAUGAUGAUAUACAAAACGCUAUUUUGGACAUCAUCAUGAGCAGCUUCAAGAAGCUUUUCGUCCUUCCCAUUGCUGCCGGAGCAGUAGCGCUUUCCUUUUCAGUCUUUUUGAAAAGGCAGAAAAUUGACGUCUCUUGAAAAGCUGUGGGUAUUUUUAGGGAACUACCUAGCAUACUUGUUACGGGCCGUCAAUUGUACCAAUGGUCAAAUAAACAAAAUCGAGCUUGUCAAGGGUCAAGAUCAAUAGCUGUGAUUACAUUUAGUAUCUUUUUCUUUCGAGAAGCUCAACAGUUUCUUUAUUAUCUUUACAACCUUAAUUGGUAUAAUAUGAGAAUGAAAUUUCUGAAUAUGAGGUUUCUUUCUGA